AUAUUGGAAGAGGAUAUUUCUAAAGAUGAAAAAAAUGCCAUUGUUUAGUAAAUCACAUAAAAAUCCAGCAGAAAUUGUGAAAAUUCUGAAAGACAACUUAGCCAUUUUGGAAAAGCAAGACAAAAAGACAGACAAGGCUUCGGAAGAAGUAUCGAAAUCACUGCAAGCAAUGAAAGAAAUUCUGUGUGGUACAAAUGACAAGGAACCCCCAACAGAGGCUGUGGCUCAGUUAGCACAAGAACUCUACAAUAGUGGGCUGCUGGUGACACUGAUAGCUGACCUACAGCUGAUAGACUUUGAGGGCAAAAAGGAUGUGACCCAGAUAUUUAACAACAUCCUGAGAAGACAGAUAGGCACUCGAUGUCCUACUGUGGAGUACAUUAGUGCUCAUCCUCAUAUCCUAUUUAUGCUCCUCAAAGGAUAUGAAGCCCCACAGAUUGCCUUACGUUGUGGAAUUAUGCUGAGAGAAUGUAUUCGACAUGAACCACUUGCCAAAAUCAUCCUCUUUUCUAAUCAAUUCAGAGAUUUCUUUAAGUAUGUGGAGUUGUCAACAUUUGAUAUUGCAUCAGAUGCCUUUGCUUCUUUUAAGGAUUUACUAACCAGACAUAAAGUGUUGGUAGCAGACUUCUUAGAACAAAAUUAUGACACUAUUUUUGAAGACUAUGAGAAAUUGCUUCAGUCUGAGAAUUAUGUGACUAAGAGACAAUCUUUAAAGCUGCUGGGCGAACUGAUCCUGGAUAGACACAACUUUGCCAUUAUGACAAAGUACAUCAGCAAGCCAGAGAACCUCAAACUGAUGAUGAACCUCCUUCGAGAUAAAAGUCCCAAUAUUCAAUUUGAAGCCUUUCAUGUCUUUAAGGUAUUUGUGGCCAGUCCUCACAAAACACAGCCUAUUGUGGAGAUUCUGUUAAAAAAUCAACCCAAACUCAUUGAGUUUCUGAGCAGCUUCCAAAAAGAAAGGACGGACGAUGAGCAGUUCACUGAUGAGAAGAACUACUUGAUUAAACAGAUUCGCGACUUGAAGAAAACGGCCCCUUGAAGCCUCACCCAGUUCCUGGCUAGUCACCGUCUCAUGAGAGGUGCCUAUUUUUCUCAAUUUAUUGUUCAGUGUAGAUGGAAUAUAAACAUUUGAAUGAAAAGAAACUAACCUAGAACUAUAUAUUCAGUUUAAUCAAGUCUGUGAUUAUGUGAAAUCAGAGCCAUUAAUAAAAGCAAUUGUAAUUUUUUGUUGAUGAAAAGCAGCCCUGAGCUCUCAGUCCCUAUGAACCCCUAAGGAGGAGCCCAAGUGAUGGGUCACUGAAUCCUCAAAGAGGGUGGAAUUCUCAGGGGAGCUGGGCCUGGGCAGAAGGCACAAGAGUGUUUGACUUACCUGCACUUGGGCUAAUUCCUUAAGGCACUGACAGGUCUGAGAAAAUAAGAUCCAUGUUUUCAGUCACUACAUAUUGUUGUUCCCUGCCCAUGUCUUUUAACUCUAAUUGGUGGUUCCUGACUUCCUAGGAAAUCGGAUGCCCACCCCCCUGCUCAGCCCUCCUUUCUGCUCACUGUCCCACAUUCCAUCACAAGGGAUGUCCUCAGCACUCCUGACUCCUGGCACCCCUCCUCCCGCCCUCCACCCCCCCCCCCCCCCCCACAACACACACUCCACCUGCAGUAGGGAUAGCUCAGAACCAAGGAUUUCCAAGGGCACAGGGGCAUAGCAGACCUGGGUGGUAUGACCUGCUCACUUGAAAACUCAGAACCGGUGAUUCAAAACCACAGUUCUAGCUAUAGUCAUGGAUGUUUCACACUGACUUCCAUGGCGUUCAUGAACGUUUGGAAUAUUUCAUUCAUAAUUAUCAUGGGGAAAAUGUUUUGUGGUGAAAGUGUUUCAGAGCAGGAAUCAUUGCAUUAGGAUGCCUAGAGUGUACAAAGCCAUGAGUCCAGAGGGUCACACAGCUCUUUAAACCACUUUUAUAAAUAAAGGAGCAUUGUCAUUGGGAGUGCAGAUGAUUAAUGUAUAAAAAAGUGUCAAAUGACUAAAAAAUUGUUCUGUUUAUUUUCUAAUAAGCUGUCACUCUUAAUUUCCUAUUAAAAUAUUCAGAUAUUCAGUGAAAAGGUAGAAAAAGUGUAAAAUGUUGGUCCCAAGUACUCUCUUGCAGUUUCCAAAUCACGAGUUACUAUUUUCUGUAGGAACCUUUACUUCUUACAAUAUUGGGUGUUGUGUUCUUCAACCAGAUGUUUCUCCACCCAGAGAGGGAUACAUCCCUCUCCAGGCUCAUGCCCUUUGUAGACUUGGCAUCUGAAGAAGUACCUGGCAGGGUUUCACCCUCCUUGGCUGGGACACAGGUUCCUGUUCUGUGUGCAGCGUGGAACCCUGAGGCGGAUGGUGUGGGCCCUGGGGGGCCUUCUGGCAGCAGCUCUGGCCAAUGCUGGCGUGGGAGGGUCAGCCAGCAGCCCAUCUGAUGCCCUUCAUUCUUCAGUCUAAUUACGUGUAUAACAUUCCCAGACAGUCUGAAGUCUAUUAGAGUUUGUCUUUUCUGGUUUUGCUUAUUUGAUUAGAAGAGAUGAGUGUAAAUAUAUUUUUAAAAGCAAAGGCACAAUAACCAUUGGAAAUUUACUUGGUUGCUUAAAUACUGUCCCACAACAUCAUGGGACACAUGUUUUCAGUUGCAAAUAAAGGCCUUGGUUUAAUCCUUUUUGAUAAGUAAAACAUUUUAUUUUCUCUGGGUUUGAAUUAGCUCUUACCUAGCAACCCCUUGUCCUAGUUUGGUACCUCUCAAAACUGGGCUUAAGAGACAAUAAGUGGAGUAGCUGGGGCUUUGUUGCAAUACAGAUUUGUGAAUUAUUAAUGUGAAAGAGGAGCCAGAAGCUCACAGUCAAUAUAUGCUUGCACAAAAUUCACUGUAAAUAUUGUGAGAAUUGAAUUUUGAAAGGUCAUAUUUAAUAAACUAUUUCAAAAGCA